CUCCCACAUCAAAGCUGCGUGAAUCUCGCCCAGGCUCCAACUCUCAACUGCCUCCCUGGCCUAGACCCAACCUCGUCCCCGCCCCAAUUCAUGUCUGCCUUAGCGACGACAAGGCAGCAGGACUACCGCUGUGGCAAAUGACCAGCCCAGCUCCGCAAUGGCGCCGCCUGCGAGACGCCGCAAGCGCAACCUCGUCGAGUCCGACGACGACGACGACGCACCGCCCCAGCCGCAGUCACAGCAGACCACCCCGCGCAAAAACAGCUUGAAGAACUUCCUCAUCCCGUCACCGAAGAAGCCCUCGGCCGUAGACCCACAGACGACGAAACCCCCAAGCCCAAAACGAAGGACGACGACGCGCUCGGCGACUGCUGCCGCCGCGGCCGCGUCCAAAAAGGCCACCUCCAAUGGCGCUAGCGUAGCAGCGGCUGCGCCACCUAGCUUCCUGAAUAACCGCGGCCGCGGGUCAAAAGCCUCGACGAAGAGCCCGAGCGCCAGCCCCGAGAAGCGGGGGAAGAAGACCAAGGUUUCGGAGGAGAAGGGCAGGAACGGGGACCUGCUGCUCCUCUUCUCGAAACAGGCUCAGCGCGCCACCAAGACCGACCCGAAGCCAUCCACCCCCAUCGACGACAUCAUUAGUGAUCCCAUCUCGGGAGACGACGACAACGUGGCCGAGAGCAAGGCUGCCGUGGUCAGCAUCGUGGGAAAGAAUGCAGUCAAACGGUUCAGGGACGGCGGCAACACAGGCUCCUCGCAGCAGCACCAUGGGGCGCCCCCGAGCUCUAGUCUGCCGCCCUCAACAGCUGCGAGCAAUAUGUUCCGCAAGCCUCCGCGCCUUGCAAACGGCACCCUAGGCGGUAGUGCUGUUGGGAACAGCACAGGGGAGGACCUCCGUCCGUGGUCCGAGCGGUUCGGGCCGGCGAACUUGGAGGAACUGGCGGUGCAUAAGAAAAAGGUGGCCGAUGUGCGCAGGUGGCUCGAGAACGUGAUGGACGGCCGGAUGCGGCAGCGUCUGUUGGUUUUGAAGGGCGCCGCGGGGUCAGGGAAGACCACCACGGUUCAGUUCCUGGCCAAGGAGCUGCGCUGCGAGGUGCUCGAGUGGAGGAAUCCAACGAGCUCUUACGGUGCCCCUGGGCAACGCUACCAGUCGGCCGCGGCCCAGUUCGAAGAGUUUAUGGGGAGGGGCGGCAGGUUUGGACAGCUCGACCUAGAGGACGACGAUGGCAGCCCAGCGCCUCUACCUCGACGACCAGCAGGCGGAUCGGCCUCGGAUAGUCAGACGGAUGCACACACCCGCAGGUUAAUGCUGGUCGAGGAGUUCCCAAACACCUUCAUGAGGUCAUCAUCGGCGCUGACCUCGUUUCGGAGCGCGGUGCUUCAAUUCCUGGCUACCAACACGCCUUCUCUUGUCACAUUUGGACACCAGACGCAACAGGAACCAGCCAUACCCGUGGUCAUGGUUAUAUCCGAGACACUACUGACGACCACGUCGGCAUCAGCCGACAGCUUUACCGCACAUCGGCUCCUAGGACCUGAGAUUCUGAGGCAUCCAGGGACCGGCAUAAUAGAGUUCAAUGCGAUAGCGCCCACCUUUCUGUUGAAAGCACUCGAGCUCGUCGUACAAAAGGAGGCUAGGAAGUCAGGACGACGCCGUACCCCUGGCCCGAUGGUGCUGAAGAAACUCGGCGAGAUUGGAGAUAUUCGAAACGCCAUCUCUUCCCUAGAGUUUCUGUGCUUGAAGGGGGACACAGACGCAGACUGGGGCGCUAAAGUGACUUUCACAAAGCCUAAGAAGGGGGCUAGGGAGGCGGCAAUGACCAAGGGCGAGAGGGAAUCGCUCGAGCUCGUCUCACAAAGAGAGGCAAGCCUAGGGAUAUUCCAUGCAGUUGGAAAAGUGGUUUACAACAGACGGGACGACAUACCCUACGCGCCGGGAACUCUGGGUUACGAGGUCGAAAAUCUGCCGAGGUACAUGUCGCGGCACUCUCGACCAAAGCAGUCCCUUGUUUCUGUGGAUACGCUGAUCGACGAGACUGGGACGGACACAUCUACCUUCAUCUCGGCUCUCCACGAAAACUACGCAUUAUCAUGUGAGGCUACGGGCCCCCAUGAUUUCAACUCGGCGGUCGACUACAUGAACGGCUGCUUGGACUUCUUGUCCGACAGCGACCUCCUCUGCCCCUCGUGGGACAUCUUCUUCGGCGGCAGGGGCGGUAGCAACUACUACGGGCGGGACGUGGGCAGCCACGUGCUGCGGCAGGACGAGAUGGCGUUUGAGGUGGCCGUGCGCGGGAUGCUGUUUUCAUUGCCGUCUCCGGUCAAGCGCCAGUCGGCAAAUAGCAACCCAAGGAACGGCAGCAGUGGCGACCAGUACAAGAUGUUCUUCCCGACCAGCAUCAAGCUCUGGCGCGCCAAAGAGGAGCUCGAGGCGCUCAUGGACAUGUGGAGCACCAGGAUAGUGAGCGGCGAGGAGGGGUUUUCGGGAGGAGGGGGCGCCGUAUCCAAGGGCGCCGGGCACCAGAGCCUCAGCAGUAGCGCCUCGGCGUUCAGAAAGCCGCGCCCGAUAGGCGGCUCAAGUGGCGGCAGCAGCGUGGGCGACUGGGCCACCAACCGCACCGACCUGAAGCGAGGACCGGCCACGGCCGAGAAGGAGGAAAACGAAGAAGAGGAGUCAACGGCCCCGCUCCUGUCGCUGGGCAGCUCGGCCCGCAAGGAGAUGCUCCUUGACAGGCUGCCCUACAUGGCCCACAUGGCGCGGAAGCGCCGCGGGUCCUUCCUGGCCGUGGGCCUCCGGGACCUCGAGAGGGUGGUGUCGUUCCAGGGCAUCGGCUCCCAGGCCAUGGCCGACGAGGACGAGGCGGCCCAGGGCGAGGACGAGGAUGUGGCUGGCGGCGGCGGCGGCGUCCCUGGCGAGAGCUGGGCGACGGACCGGCCGACGGAGGAGUCGGCGAGCCCGCGGAAGAGGAGGGUCAACAAUGCCAUCCGGCCGAAGAGGGCGGUUCCCGCGCGGGGAGGCGGUGGAGGGCAGUAUGACGGCGACGACGGGCUGAUCCCUGGGGGCUUGCAGGUCCAGAAGCUCAUGCUUAGCGAUGAUGAGAUUGAGGACGACUGAUUUAUGGCUGGGGCAUAAAAGUCGGAUUUGUGUACACUGCACUUGGUCACGGACGUAAAAAUACAAAAUGUUGGGACUCGUUUGGCAUUGAAGGGUUUAUAUUACGACCCACUUGGAAUUCUUGCUGAGAGCGGGCAAUGCGAGGGACAAAAAUGGCUCGUAUGAUAAGUAGCUCAAUGAACAAAGGUCCUGAUAGUUGUGUCCGGGUUGGAAAGGAGGCAAGGUUAAAAACAUAUUAGUUAAAGCCGUGUCAAAUCAAUAUCGGAACCCCAAGCCAGAGACGGAGACGGAGCCAAAUCCAAGGCAGGAGCAGUCCAGGUGCUCAGAGCAUG